CAAGGAUAAAGACACCGAUUAUUUGAUUGAUGAUCGAAGAAUGACCGAUUCCUGUGACAAAGCGGCAGGUUGAUUUCAUCUAGCUGACUUUACGACGACAACCGGCAACGAAUGCAUAGGCGGUGAUAAUUCCUCGAUAAUAGCUCGAUAACGUUCCAUGGAAUUUCAUGAGAGUAGUGCAACGACAGCGGUGUUCGGCGACACAACGACCAUCGACACGCCAAAAAUCGCUUCGCCUUUGCACCGACGAAACAUGACGCCCGAUAAACGAAGUGCCACUUCUGUUUCUUGUCGAAUUUGUCACGAAGAUGAAAAUUUGGAAGAGUUAAUAGAUCCUUGCAAAUGUUGUGGCACAUUGGGCCUGAUGCAUGCUCGUUGUUUGGAAAAAUGGUUGUCUAUAUCGAACACUGAUCGUUGCGAGAUUUGCAAACAGUUGUUUGCAAUACAGAAGAAAAACAAACCGUUGUUAAAGUCUUUCAGACAAUGGUGGAGAACUAGAAACAAAUACGGACCACAAGGUAUAAUUGGCGAUAUAAUAUGUCUGGUAAUGUUAACACCACUUUGCAUUGUGGCGACGUACUUAUGCGCAAUUGGUGCAUCUACUUAUACAAAACUUGGUUUCUGGGAAGGAAUAGGCUUGACCGUUCUUUGUUGUAUGUUGAUGACUACUUAUUGCUUAUGGUUUCUCAUCACUGUCAGAUUCCAUCUCAAGUCUUGGCAACAGUGGCGCAAAAGAAAUCAAGAUGUUAAGUUAAUAGUAAAGCAUAAAUCCGAAACCUGUACUGUCGAAUUCUCAAAUCCUUUGGAAAAUGAAUUUACAAUUUGAAGAGUUAAAUUAAGUCAGCGAUACAAAAACAUUAAGUAGCUUUCAUUGAAAAAUUUGAUUUCUGAAAUUGCUAUCAUAGGUUGUCAUAUUCACGUGUGGAAUACAUUCUGGUCAUAUCUGUGAUCGAACAAUAUAAGUUUACGCGAUACCAUGCUAUUAAACGAUUUAAAGCUCAGAUCUUGUGAGCGAUUAGAUAUUAUGAAUGCUUUGAUAUUAUAAAUUGAUAUUAAUAAGCAAUAAUGAAGUACCUGAGCUGGAAGAUAAAAUAGUUUCACCGAUAACUUCGUUAAUUAAAUCAGUAAUUAGUUGUAUUUCGAAAUUUAACAAUGAAAUGAUAAUAUUUACUUGAAAUUUUAAAUGUUAAUAAUUAAUAUUUGUAUUUAACAAGUACAAAAUUUCAAGGUAUUAUCAAAGAUAUUUACGUACUUAAACAAUACUUUACUUUUAUGUGAUACUAACAUAUCUACUUACAUUUCGAGUUUUCGAGUGAAAAAUACUGAUUUAUAUUUUAGUAUUUCUUCUGUACUUUAUACUGAGAUUAUUUAGUUAAUUUAAUGCAAUGCUAUAUGCCAUUUUUAAUCAUUUAUUUUUGUACAUGCGCUAAAAUGAGUGAUAUUUAUGUAAGAACGUACAUGUAUCUUUCAUACGUUGUAUAUUGUACAUCGAAAGAAUUGCGAACGAAUUUUUUAUACUUAGGUAUACGUGUGUAUAUUUUCUAAAUGAAACAAGGCACGAACCAAAGAUUUUGAUACAAGUAUUUUUUACAACAAAAUAUUAAACAUGACAAGAGAUUUUUGUAUAGCAUCUGAAGAAAUAUUUAUUCUUGUCAUGUCAAUUGUAAUAAUAAUAUGGAAAUUAUAAACAGUAAAUUUAUACAUUUAUCAAGAACAAAAUGAAAAAGAAAAU